UACGAGAGACGACUGCUCCACGCUUCAGAAUUAUUUAGUCAGCCACGAUAAUUCAUAUUCCGAAAUUGAUUCGUAAAAAGAAGGGACUGGGAAAAAUUCUUCAAAAUGCCUGUAGGAGGAGGAAGUAAGAAAGCAUCGAAGGGCCGUGGUCGCUUUUUAAUCCUGGGAUUUACAAUCGCACUGCUCACAUUUUCGCAGGCAUUCACAGGUAUCAUCCUCACGGAUUUGAUCGUUUAUCGUUCGUGCGUGGUAUCGUUAGGAACAAAUUACACGUCCGAAUGCAGCACGACCCAGAAAAAUGACAGUGGCAUGAAAGAAAUGCUUUUGGAAGCUGAAGUUGAACCGUUCGCAAGUAUGAUUGUGAUGGCCAAGACGUUGAUCGAGAGUAUACUGUCGGCAGUGCUCUCAUUAUUUCUUGGUCCUUGGAGUGACCGAGGUGGACGAAAACCUCUAUUACUGGCAGGUUUUGCUGGUCACACAUUAAUGUUCGGCCUGCUAUCCUUAAUCUGCAGUUGGGACAUCAGUCCUUGGUAUUUGGUAAUUCCCUCAAUUCCGGGGUAUAUCUCGGGUGGAUCAGGCACUGUAAUAUUGGCUGCAAUGUGUUACGUAUCUGACACAACCACACAGAAAGACAGAACGAUGCUAAUGGCUUGGCUUCAGGGAUCAAUCUUCGGCGGGGUGGUAUUAGGCGUAUUUGGUGGUCCUAUUAUUUUGAACAACUGUGGUUACACGACAGUCUUCAGUAUAGGUGCGAUGUGUUGCGCAACGGCAAUACUUUUAGUUUACUUCACUAUUCCCGAAUCAGUCAAGGGUGCUACCAAGGUAUCACAGAAAAAUAGACUGUUCGAAGUCGCCCUGCUGAAGAAGCUUACUACCAGCAUUACAGUUAAACGAUAUGGUUUUCAUCGAUCUGUUGUUUGGCUUGUUAUAUUCGUUUUUACAACAUGUGCAAUGAUUAUCUCAGCAGAGAUGAGCAUAGGAUUUCUUUUCGCAAAAGCGCGACUGGGCUGGGAUGUGGCACAAUAUUCUCAUUUCGGUGGCGUGGGUACCCUGCUGAAUAUCACAGCUUUGUUUGGAGUUCCUCUACUAGGCGCAGUUCCAGGGAUUUCAGACACAUUGUUAGGGAUUCUAGGUCUCGUGUCCGGUUUGAUUUGUUCACUUACAAAAGCUCUUGCAACGGAAACUUGGCAUAUGUAUCUCUCGGUAUUAAUCGGAAUGUUUGCCGGAAUCGUGUCACCUGUUAUGCGUUCCAUCUUGUCAAAAUCAGUACCCGCCGAAGAUAUUGGUACUGUGUUAUCACUCACGGGGGUUCUGGAAACAUUGAGUCCAUUGGUCGGAGCUCCGCUGUUCACGUUAAUAUUUUCGCAUUAUUUACCGCCGAUAUAUCCCUUGCCCGUUUUUCUUUUAUCAAGUAGUCUGUUUGCUUUAUUAAUAGUUUGCAUAGUUUACACCGAAGUACUGAUGAGGAGGUCACGCAAACAGAUUUACAUAGCUGCACCUCAGAAGGAAUAGUGUAGUCAGGUUGACGCAUUUAUAUUUUUACACUUACGCGACUAUGGAGCAAAAAAAAAUUUAUUAAUUAUAAUAUAAUUUUAGAUUUCGCAUAUUGUUAUAACUUUGUGUUAUACAUGAAAUGGUAACUAUGUGAAAUAUUAAAUAUACGUCGAGUAUUAUGUAUGCAUGCAUAUAUAAUACGCGACGAAUUUUAAUAACUUUUUGCGGCAAUAAUAUCGUCAGAUUCCCGAAUAUUUUUCUGUAAUGGUAAAUUAAUAUUUAUCACCGAACGAAACUAGUAAUGCUUUCCAAUGUUGAUCUACUAAAAUAUAUAGGUAAUCAAUGAGUGGUUUGAUUUCUUGGUGUGCUACACAAACGAUGGAUACAGUGCCUGUUACCUUACAAGCCUUGCAAAAAAGACACGUUGUGCCAAACAACGAAUUUAUUGUAUAUUGUACAUGUCAUUCCCAGAAAAUUCAUUUAUUUAUUGUUAUUUCAUCUAGCUAGACAUAAUAUGAUGUCAAAUUACCCGUUAUUUCUACUUUCCCCAAUAUAUUUGUACAGACCAUGAACGAUAGUUACUCGUAUGGUCUCAUGUUUUCAAGUUUCUAAUAAAUCAGAAUAAUCGAUGAUGUCACCUGAA